GCUCAGGCAGUUGGUUUGGCCCGCCGUGACCGAGGCGCAGUGAGUGUUAUGUGGGACUGUUAUUUAGGUCUGUUACAGCAGACAGGGAACAGCAAGCCCAAGGGCAGAGAGAAAGAGAUAGAGUGAAAGAGAGAGAAAGAGAGAGAGAGAGAGAGAGAAAGUGAGACAGAGGGAGAAGUGAGAGAGGGUUGAGCCAGGCAGGAACCAGGACCACAUUCCAGCUAGUUAAGAGGGAAAAGGGGGAACUGGGAGAAGCGUGGGCUUUAGAGGGAGAGAGAGAGAGAGAGAGAGAGAGAGAGAGAGAGUGGGAGAGGGGAAAGGGAAAGGAGGCAGCAGGCGAGAGACAGCAGCACAGACCUGGCCGAGGAAUUUUGGACUGGGGAUUGUGACUGUGGCUGUUGCUGUUGCUGUCAGUGCUGGUAGAGUGGCUGUUGUGGUUGUUGUUGCUGUUGCUGUUGUCACUGCUUUAACGCAGUGACGUGAGGCAGCGAGUGGAGUGGAGUGGAGUGGAGGAGGAGGAGGAGAAGGAGGAAGCUGGACGGCAGGCAGGCAGGCUGAUUGAGUUAGAGGUUUUCUUUUUUUUCUUUUCUUUUUUUCCACACACCAAGGGAGGGAGGUUUACUGAGAAGGAAAAAGAGAGACAGAGAACAAGAGUGAGGGAGAGAGAGACUAAAAGAGCGAUAGAUAGAUAGAUAGAGAGAGAGAGAGGAGCUGCAACCAUGUUUGACUGUAUGGAAGCUCUGGGCAUGGGUCCCCGCCAGCUCUAUGACGUCACUGCUCGGGGUGCGUGCAUGCUGCGCAAAGCGAGCCCCUUCUUCGCGGGGCUCGACCCCUUCGCCUGGAGCGGCACGGCCAGCAUUCAAUCGGUGGAGACCCAGAGCACUAGUUCAGAGGAGAUGGUGCCCAGCUCGCCCUCUCCACCUCCUCCGCCUCGCAUUUACAAGCCAUGCUUCGUCUGCGGGGACAAGUCCUCCGGCUACCACUAUGGUGUCAGCUCCUGCGAGGGCUGCAAGGGCUUCUUCCGCCGCAGUAUUCAGAAGAACAUGGUGUACACCUGUCACCGUGACAAGAACUGCCAGAUCAACAAGGUCACACGCAACCGUUGCCAGUACUGCCGCUUGCAGAAGUGUUUCGAGGUUGGCAUGUCUAAGGAAGCUGUGCGCAACGAUCGGAACAAAAAGAAAAAGGACGUGAAGGAGGAGGCCGUGCUGCCAGAGAGCUACGAGCUGAGCGGAGAGCUGGAGGAGCUGGUCAACAAAGUCAGCAAAGCCCACAGAGAGACCUUCCCUUCCCUGACCCAACUAGGAAAAUACACCACCAACUCUAGCUCAGACCACAGGGUACAGCUGGAUCUGGGGCUGUGGGACAAAUUCAGCGAGCUCUCCACCAAAUGCAUCAUCAAGAUCGUCGAGUUCGCCAAACGCCUGCCAGGCUUCACCACCCUCACCAUUGCUGACCAGAUCACCCUCCUCAAAUCAGCCUGCCUUGACAUCUUGAUGCUACGCAUCUGCACUCGCUACACCCCGGAGCAGGACACUAUGACUUUCUCAGAUGGACUGACACUCAACCGCACACAGAUGCACAACGCCGGUUUCGGUCCUCUCACAGACAUGGUGUUCGCUUUUGCUCUCCAGCUGAUGCCGCUGGAGAUGGACGACACAGAGACAGGCCUCCUGAGCGCCAUCUGCCUGAUUUGUGGAGACCGCAUGGAUCUGGAGGAGCCGGAGAAAGUGGACCGGCUGCAGGAGCCUCUGCUGGAGGCUCUGAAGAUCUACGCCCGGCGCCGGCGUCCCAACAAGCCCCACAUGUUCCCUCGCAUGCUCAUGAAAGUCACCGACUUGCGUGGAAUCAGCACCAAAGGGGCGGACAGAGCCAUGUCACUGAAGAUGGAGAUCCCCGGGCCCAUGCCACCCCUCAUCAGGGAGAUGCUGGAGAACCCAGAGGUGUUCGAAGACCAGACGGAGGAGUGCAGCGCGAGCAAGGACGAGCCGCCCCCACCCAUGCCAACGCCACCCUCAUGUGGCCCGCCUAACCUGAAGCAGGAGCAGGAGGACGAGGACGACAGCUGGGCCACCGAGAACGGCAGUGAGCCCUCGCCGGAGGAGGAGGACGACGACGAUGACGAUGUGGGGGAAGAUGACAGGGCCACGGACAGCGAGGGAGAGGCCUGGGGGGGGCUGGAUGCCAGCCUAGAACCCCCCAGGAAGAGCCACAUGGGCCGAGCCCAAUGAGCUGACCCCCUCUUCUGCCCCACUCCCCUCAAACAUAUAUACACACACACACACACACACACUCAUACACCUUUCUGUAAACAUCCCAGUCCCUACACACACACACCCAC